UCUCCAACUGGGGCCCCAUCAAAACAAAAUCAAUCCCAACCCAACUGUCACGUACUCCUUCUUCUUCUUCUUAUACUCUCUCACCCAACAUCAACGACAUUGUUAAAGCUUUUGUCUUUCACUCGCUUUUCUCACCACCAUUGCUUCUUUGCUUCCUUCCCCCUCCACUUUUCUCAGUCUUUAAUGGCUGCCCGUAUGUGCCAGAAUGUUUGGGACUUCUAGUGGGUCGGUGCUGGCUUCUCUUUUUAGCUGUCAAAACUAGAUACCCACUACUAAAAGUCUUUCUUCCCCAGAGAAUUUGAUCUCUGAGAAAAGAGUGGUUUUUUUUAUUUUAUAUUUUUCAGUGAUUGAUGGUUUGAGACUGAAAGAGAAUUUUCCAAGAAAAAUAAAAGCUUUGGCUUUUUUUGGGGUUUGAACUCUGCAGAGGUUGUUGGUUUUGGGUGUUUCAAUGGGUUUGAGGGUGUUUGGUGCUGCAUUGUAUUGGGUUGAAUUUUUCUCACUGGGUGAAGCAUUGACCUUGUGAGAGAGAUUUUUGAAUUUUUUUUAAAAAAGCAGAGGUCCAAGCUAGCGCAUGCUUGAGUUGUCUGAAUUAUCAAUUCCAUCGUGCAGAACUCAUGACUUGUGGAUCGAAUUUGAGAAAAGAGAUUUGGGUUUCUGUGUUUCUCAAGCUUGUGAUCAAAUCCCCACAUCAUUGCUGCGUUUUGGUCACUGAAGUUUGAGGGUGAAGUUUCAGCCUUUGACCCUUUUUGCGAUCAUAAUAGCUGAGGAGGCAUAAUCAUCUUGGUUGGUCUUUUUUUCUGUGAAGGAAGACCAAAUUGCAAGAAUUUUCGAGCCUUUUGUGGAGAAUAUUGAGGUGCCGUUUAAGGCUUUUUUGAGUAUCAAAAGAAGGCUUUGAUUCCUUGCCAUCCGGAUAAAGUUUUGGUUCCUUCAGCCUCACUCUGUUAUAAGACUUGAGGGGUUGGGAUUGGAAUCUGCUGACCUCUGCAACUGACUUUUGCAGCUGCUUUGUUAUCUAUUCUCUGCUGUAUUGAACUCAAGGCUCUGAAGUUUGAGUUAUUGACAGAUUUUGGAUGAAAAAGACCAUAUAAAAUUAUUCCUGAUGGCAAAGAAGUCCCAGAGACGCUCUGUGCGGUAUGAGAAAGACCAGUUAGGCUGUAUGUGGGGUUUGAUUAACAUCUUUGAUUUUCGGCACGGCCGCCCCACCUGGAAGCUGAUCUCUGAUAGGAGGCAUGGAAGCAAGCAAGCUUUUGGUACUGGGUCUCCAAGGAACAGGUUCGGGGUGUUGAGUGGUUUGGAUGAGAACUUUCAAGGCACCCUUGAGAGCGAUGUGGACGCAACAGUAACGGUGGCAGGCGAUGAAUGUAAGCCUAGUGUGAAGAAACUUAUGGAAGAAGAAAUGUCCAGUGAGCAGGACAUGAGGAAAGAGAUCAGCACUGAUGUGGUGAGUAACCAGACUGAUGCAAGCCAUACCAGAAAGGAUCAAAAAAGAACAAAGAAGACUCGUAAGAAAAGCCGGGACAUGGACACCUAUGAUUUGAAUGGUUCUGAGACUUUGGAGCCUGGAUGCUCAUGUAAUCAGAAACAAGAGCAUAAAUCUAGAAGUAACCGUGGCAUAGAUGAGAUAAUGGAAGAGGUAUGCUGCCAGAUCCAUCAAAAGUAUAUAAAUAGUGUGAAUCAUGAUCUGAAUGGUGAGACUCCUGUCAGAUCAAACUACAAGCAUUCUGAUUUUGAAGAGAAAUUAUGUGUGACAAUCAAGGAGUUCAUGAAUCAGAAGUUUACUGAUGGGAAGCAUCUCACAGAAGAUCAGAAAAUCCAGCACUUUAGAGAACUAAUGGAUGCACUUGAGACCUUAAGUUCAGAUGAGGAAUUGUUUCUGAAACUCUUACAAGAUCCAAACUCACUGCUGGCAAAGUAUGUCUUGAACUUGCAGGAUUCUCAAAUAGAGAAAGAUAAAGAAUCCAAGGCUGUUGCAGAGUCCAACUCGACAGGGAAACUUGAGGAUUCAAAACAACCUGAGGAGCUUGUCAUCCGUAAACAGCGAAAAUUUUUCAGGAGAAAGAGCAAGCCUCAAGAAAGAGACCCAGCUGAGGGCAAUGAGAAUUUUGAAGCUUCAAAGAGAAUUGUCAUUUUGAAGCCUGGGCCUACAGUUUUACGGGAUUCUGAAACUGAAAGUAACAAGAUCCCAGAGUCCCAUUAUAUAGUAAGAAGUAAAGGGCCAAAUGAAAAAAUUGGCUCUCACUUUUUUCUUUCUGAAAUAAAGAGGAAACUGAAGAAUGCUAUGGGAAAGCAACAGCAUGGGGAAUCUGCUAUUGGAAAUUCAAACAGAUUGCCCUAUGGGCAUCAAAGUGUGGAAGAUGGUGACAGAGGAAUUGUUAAGGAAAAGUUUGGAAGUUCUCCUAGUAAAGAUCACUUCUACAUGGAAAGAAUUGCUAAACCUUCUGGUGCUAUCAAGAAAGCAGACAAGAGUGGCAAAUUGAAAGAAUCUGAAAUGAAUAUGAAACAUGAAGAUCCAGGUAUUCCUAAUCAAAGGGUAUCUAACAUCUACAUUGAAGCCAAGAAACAUCUCUCUGAGAUGCUGAGCAAUGGAGAUGCAAGUGUAGAUUUUGUGGGACAACAUUUUCCCAAAACCUUGGGAAGGAUUCUCUCUCUUCCUGAGUAUAAUGUGUCUCCUAGGGGCAGUCCCGGAAGGGACUCGGAGCUUGGGUUUGUUACUGCACAAAUGAGAUUAUCUCCUCGCGACAGAGUUUGGAAGGCCAAUGAGAAUGCAGGGUCUCCUAAGCAAGAUAAAAAUGUCAGUCCUCUAGGUCAAGUAGCACAAAACUUAGAGAACAGGCUAUCUGUUUCUGACAACAACACUGACUGUGAAGCACAGCCUCCUAAUUCCCUACCACGCACCUCAGUUGAUUUGAAGGACAACUGUUCUCCUAGUGAAGCAGAAGAAACCCAUGUCACGAUUAAAGACAAGAUGAAUCCUGAAGGUGAUAUGGAGAUUGCAAAAGAGAUUGAAAUUGUAGCUGAGGAAGAAGAGAGUGUACUGGAUGCUCCUUCUGAACCGAGUGGCGAUGAGAUUGAAAUUGUGGAUGACCAAAGUGGCAAUGAGAUUGAAAUUGUGGAUGAUAAAAGAUAUUCAGAAUGCUGGCAACGGGAUUCUUAUGAAGAGAGUCCAGGGCCAUCUGCUUCAUUAGCAUCCCCAUCCAGCUCUCCAACCACCAAAUAUGUUGAAGGUAUGGACAUUGCCAUUGGCAUACCAGAGCGGCCAAGUCCUGUUUCAGUUCUUGAUUCACUAUUCUCAGAGGAUGAGAUCAGCCCUUCAAAAAGCAUUUCUCAAUCUGAGCUACCUAUACAACCCCUACGGAUCAUAUUUGAAGAUCAUGACUCUUCAGCCAUAGAUGAAGCUAACAAUGCAAAAACUUGUACAGAAGACAAGGAACUAAUAUCAGAUUUUGUAAAAGCAGUUAUGCAAGCCUCCGGCUUCAACUGGGAUGACUUCUGCAUGAAGUGGCUUUCUUCAGACCAACUUAUUGAACCAUCAUUGUGUGAUGAUGUAGAAUUUUGUCCUAACCCGCUUUGCUAUGACCAGAAGCUCCUUUUUGACUGUAUCAAUGAAGUUCUAGUGGAGGUUUGUGGGCGUUACUAUGGUUGCUUCCCUUGGGUAUCAUCGGUGAAACCUAUAAGGCCAGUGCCGGAUAUGAAGACUGCUAUACAUGAGGUUUGGGUAGAAGUACACUGGCAUCUCAGUCCGCUUCCAUUGCCUCAUACUUUGGACCAGAUAGUGACAAAGGACUUGUCAAGAACCGGAGCGUGGAUGGACCUUCGAUUUGAUACUGAAACCAUUGGUGUUGACAUGGGUGAAGCCAUUCUCCAAGACUUGAUCGAAGAAAUCAUAUUAAGCUAUGCCGAUGAAAGUCCCAAAAGUGAAGAUGCUAUAGUCUCUGAUGAAUUAAAGCUAACAGAGAGCAUUCUCAACCUGUAAAUUACAACACACUUCUUCAUGUUCAUACCAGCACCAACCCACACCGCCUUGUCGAGGUGGUUGAAGGCAAAGCCAUUCUUUGGGCUUCAAGGGAAUGAGAAGCAGCAUGUCAACUAUUAAGAGGAAGUCUUCAUCAGCUUUCUGGAGUAUCCUGGAUCCAUAUGACAGGGCUUUGUAACUUUGUAAACUGAAAUCAUGUAGAUAGUAUAGAAUAUGCCCCAUUGCUAAAGGAGCAUCCCGGGCAGCAGGCAUCAGAUGAAACAUCCCUGAUGGUUGGGGAUCAGAUAUCAAGUUUGCAAAGUCUCCUUGCAAGAACUCAGAUGCUUCAAUGUUGAGGCGGUAAUGUAGAGUUGUGCUUCUAAAUGUAGAUUCCUAAUUCCUGUAGAGGUAGGAGCGUGUUUUAGUCGAGGGUGUGUUCAUCUUUUGGCUUGAUUGCAGUCAUUCCUAACUAGUGUUAUCUUGUUCUUUUCCUUUUUGCUUUCCCUUUGUUUUUGCUGUUGUACUUGCAAAGGUUGUGAGUAUACAAGUUGUGAGUUGCAAAUCCUGUGACUGACUGGUUGUAAAUACAAAAGAAAAAUAAUGCAAGUUCAUGCCAUGUUUAUUAUAUGCAAUGAACAAGCUGUGACUUUGGAAUAGUAAA